AUGUCUGAUGAGCUCGACGCCCUCGUGUUCGAUUUCAAAAAAUUCGAUGAAAGUCUCCUGGACACUUUGAAACAAAGUGAAGUUCAAUAUGGUAAUCUGAAGGCCGAAAAUAGUGACUUCACUGUAGCGAUUGUGAACGGCGAACUCGUGUCGGUCAAAAUCCCUGGACAAAUGAAGAAGGUUCGAGAUGAUCAGGUGAAGAACAACGCCGGAGGCUAUGUGUUUCAAGUCAGCGAUGUGACAAGGAUCCGUCGAUUUUUGAUUCUCGGAAGCGAGGGUGGAACAUUCUAUCCGUCUGAGAAAGAGAUCACCUUGGACAAUGUGCAGAAUCUGAUUCGAAUCAUCGAUGAAGGAAAAGCCUUCAUGAUUCUGAAGGAGAUUGGAGAGAUCAAUGCGCAAAAUCGAAAUCCUAAAAUGACAUCAAUGCUGUUCGCAUUGGCUCUUUGUGCUCGCUAUCAUGUGCAUGAUUGUCGCAAGGCUAGCAAAUCGUCGGAUCCGAUGGUCGUGGCGUAUUCGAAAUAUAUUUCUGAAAUGCACAAGGCUGCGUUCAAGCUUGUGCCGGAUGUCUGCCGAAUUCCGACUCAUCUCUUCGAAUUUGUCGGAAAUUGUGAGCUCAUUUCGAAAUCGUCAUCUUCAAAUAAGGAUAAGCCAGCUACUGGAUGGGGUCGAACGAUGAGAGCGGUUAUUUCAAAAUGGUACGAAUCGAAGACGCCUGAACGACUGGCGAUGUUCUUGACCAAAUAUCCGCAAAGAGGUGGAUGGUCCCACCGCGAUUUGUUCCGACUUGCCCAUCCUAACCUGAAAAGGAGAGGUGAUUCAUUCUACUCAUCACCAGAAAGAUUGGAGUUGGAGACGAUCUUCAAUUUCGCCGUAAAAGGAACAUUGGAAGUGAAGAAACAGGAUACCGGGGAAGAGAAGAAAAGCGACGGGGAUACGGAGGAAGCAGAAAUUAAGGAGAAGCACACCCCUGAACAACUAGAGCAUGCGAAGAACAGCAAAGCACUUGGUCUCAUCGAAGCCUAUCUGAAAUUGAAGAACGAGAAGAAUGAGGAGAUCAUUAUCGCCGAAAUCAAGAAGCACGGGCUCGUUCGUGAGCACAUCCCAACGGAUGCGUUGAAGAGUGUCAACAUCUGGAAGGCGUUGUUGGACACGGAGAUGCCGAUGACGGCGAUGAUCCGCAAUUUGGGAAGAAUGUCUGCAAUCAAGUGCCUUGAUGAUAAUCAAAUUGCCGAUAUUGUUCGAAGACUCAAUGAUGUUGAGGAAUUGAGAAAAGCCCGCAUUCAUCCGCUGAAUGUUCUCAUUGCCCGAAGCACUUAUUACAUAGGCGGCGGCUACAAGUCAAGCCUUGAAUGGGAGCCGGAGCAGAAGAUUGUCGAUGCUCUUGAGCAGGCUUUCUACAAGUCAUUCAUAAAUGCCCCGCCUACCGGAAAACGUUAUUGCCUUGGAAUCGAUGUUUCUGGAAGUAUGGGUUGUCACGUGUCUGGAUGCGUUAUCACUUGCCGUGAAGCAGCAAGUGCCCUGUCGCUUAUCAACCUGCAUAACGAAAAUACGGUGCGCAUGGUCGCUUUCUGCGAUGAUCUCGUUGAGCUGCCUUUCGAUAAAACUUGGAGUUUGGACAAGAUGAGAGAUUAUAUGGACACACUCAGGUAUGCCCCCACUGAUUGCGCUCUUCCGAUGAUUUGGGCAAUGGAGAAAGAUCUCAAAUUCGAUGUGUUUGUGAUCUACACGGAUAAUGAGACCUACUUUGGCGAUGUCCAUCCGUUCGAAGCCCUCAAGCAAUACCGCGAGAAGUCUGGAAUCCAUGAUGCUCGUCUGAUUGUCAUGGGAAUGUCGGCCACCGAAUUCACCAUCGCCGAUCCAACCGACGCCGGAAUGCUCGAUAUUGCCGGAUUCGAUUCGGCGGUUCCGCAAAUCAUCAGCGAUCCGGCGACGAUCAGCCUACCUCGAUGCACGGUCUCUGUAGCGAUUGUCAACGGCGAACUCGUGUCGGACAAGAUUCCUGGACAAGUGAAGAAGGUUCGAGAUGAUCAGGUGAAGAACAACGCCGGAGGCUAUGUGUUUCAAGUCAGCGAUGUGACAAGGAUCCGUCGUUUUUUGAUUCUCGGAAGCGAGGGUGGAACCUUCUAUCAGUCUGAGAAGGAGAUCACCUUGGACAAUGUGCAGAAUCUGAUUCGAAUCAUCGAUGAAGGAAAAGCCUUCAUGAUUCUGAAGGAGAUUGGAGAGAUCAAUGCGCAAAAUCGAAAUCCUAAAAUGACAUCAAUGCUGUUCGCAUUGGCUCUUUGUGCUCGCUAUCAUGUGCAUGAUUGUCGCAAGGCUAGCAAAUCGUCGGAUCCGAUGGUCGUGGCGUAUUCGAAAUAUAUUUCUGAAAUGCACAAGGCUGCGUUCAAGCUUGUGCCGGAUGUCUGCCGAAUUCCGACUCAUCUCUUCGAAUUUGUCGGAAAUUGUGAGCUCAUUUCGAAAUCGUCAUCUUCAAAUAAGGAUAAAUCGUCUACUGGAUGGGGUCGAACGAUGAGAGCGGUUAUUUCAAAGUGGUACGAAUCGAAGACGCCUGAACGACUGGCGAUGUUCUUGACCAAAUAUCCGCAAAGAGGUGGAUGGUCCCACCGCGAUUUGUUCCGACUUGCCCAUCCUAACCUGAAAAGGAGAGGUGAUUCAUUCUACUCAUCACCAGAAAGAUUGGAGUUGGAGACGAUCUUCAAUUUCGCCGUAAAAGGAACAUUGGAAGUGAAGAAACAGGAUACCGGGGAAGAGAAGAAAAGUGACGGGGAUACGGAGGAAGCAGAAAUUAAGGAGAAGCACACCCCUGAACAAUUGGAGCAUGCGAAGAACAGCAAAGCACUUGGUCUCAUCGAAGCCUACUUGAAAUUGAAGAACGAGAAGAAUGAGGAGAUCAUUAUCGCCGAAAUCAAGAAGCACGGGCUCGUUCGUGAGCACAUCCCAACGGAUGCGUUGAAGAGUGUCAACAUCUGGAAGGAGUUGUUGGACACGGAAAUGCCGAUGACGGCGAUGAUCCGCAAUCUGGGACGAAUGUCUGCAAUCAAGUGCCUUGAUGAAAAUCAAAUUACCGAUAUUGUUCGAAGACUCAAUGAUGUUGAGGAAUUGAGAAAAGCCCGCAUUCAUCCGCUGAAUGUUCUCAUUGCCCGAAGUACUUAUAGCAAAGGCGGCGGCUACAAGUCAAGUCUUCAAUGGGAGCCGGAGAAGCGAAUUGUUGACGCUCUUGAGAAGGCUUUCUACAAGUCAUUCAUCAAUGCCCCGCCUACCGGAAAACGAUACUGUCUUGGAAUCGAUGUCUCCAUAAGUAUGUCUCAACCGGCAAGCGGGGCCGUUAUUACUUGCCGUGAAGCAGCAAGUGCUCUGUCUUUUAUCCACUUUCACAACGAAGAGACGGUAAAAAUUGUGGCAUUCUGCAAUAAGCUGACGGAGCUGCAUUUCGAUAAAAAGAAUUGCACUUUGGAUACGAUGAGUUGCACGAUUAGAAGGCUUAGAUAUGGCUCCACUGAUUGCGCUCUUCCGAUGAUUUGGGCAAUGGAGAAAGAUCUCAAAUUCGAUGUGUUUGUGAUCUACACGGAUAAUGAAACCUUCUUCGGCGAUGUCCAUCCGUUCGAAGCCCUCAAGCAAUACCGCGAGAAGUCUGGAAUCCAUGAUGCUCGUCUGAUUGUCAUGGGAAUGUCGGCCACCGAAUUCACCAUCGCCGAUCCAACCGACGCCGGAAUGCUCGACAUUGCCGGAUUCGAUUCGGCGGUUCCGCAGAUCAUCAACGAGUUCGUCAACGGAAAUAUCUAG